ACUGUUCCUGCUAUCUCUCUCACAGGACUGUUGGCAUUAUACAUGAACAUGUUGUUUGUGCCCUUGACAUUGGCCCUGUCAAUGUUUAAGUGAAUGCUUGAGAUAUAGUAUGACAUCAGACUAUGAUAACAAGUAACUAGGUUUUACAUUUUGACGGCUGCGUCUACAAUAACUGUGGUUGGGAAUAUUGUGAUAAAUAGCUAUGGAACUCACUACGAUUCUAAACAUACUACAGUGGAGUAUACGUUGUAAUGGAAGGAAAGACAAAUCGAGAAAUAUACUUCUGUCUCUUCGUACAAGAGUGUUUACACAAAUACUGUGUAUGCUGUUGUUAUGUGAAUAUAUGCCAUUUACAUUGUACAACCAACGUAGACAUAAACAAGUUUGUACAUUGAUAGGAAAUACCGUCAAAGGUCGAUACAAACUAACGUCACAUCACGUUUCGAUUUGGUCUUAUAUACUGGAAUCACUGUUAUCUGCGGCACAUCUACGUGUUAAGGAAAAUCUUUUGCAUAUUAGUAAAAGUGGGCAGUCACUUGACACAUCUCACCAACGAGCGAAAAAACUCCUCUUACCAAAUAUCGCAAAUGGCAAAAUAGUGUGUAAACAUAUAGAGAAAGGAAAAAUGAAACACUUACGGUCAUCGAAAGAGACAAUAGAAAAAUUUGUCCGAAGAAGGAAAACUUACAAACAUAUUUGCCUGAGUAAAGAAUCAGACCUUUUAAAUGGCGGGCAGAUGAUAACUGUGCUUUGUUGUUUUUCAUCAUCAAUCAAUACAAACAUUAGCGAGAUAUGUACGAACCAGACACACAAGGUUGUCUCUGUGAAACUUGAGUCACGUAGUACCACUUUGCAAAGCAUGGAAACACAAAUCCGUACAACAGUAAUGUAUUCGGAUACAGACAAUUGUACGAAAGGAAGACCAAUGUUUGAAGAAAGUAGAAAGUAUCUGCAAUCUAACAGGAUUUUCCAUCGAUAUAAAACUGAAUAUCAGUGUAUGGACAUUCCGCUGCAAAGACAAGCCUUGUCUAAUACUAUCACAGAAAUAAAACAGGAAGUAAUGUUAUCUUCAAAAGCAGAAAACAAAAGGUUAUAUCAAUACGGUAUAGAUAUGCAUCAAAACCUUCAGGUUUAUCCUGUUCAACAAUUUUCUUUGGAGCAGGCGUUUAUCUCAUGUGGUGAAGGAGGACAAACAAUUACGAACCCAGAGGUCUUCUUCUCAAACAACCUCACACGAUUGUCAUCCUACCGCAAUUUCCCAAGUAAAUUGGCACCUAGUGCUAUCAAACUGAGCAAUGCCGGAUUCUAUGCCACUGGGAAUGUUGACGAAACGGCUUGCUUUCACUGCGGCUGCAGAUACUCCAGAUGGAAUCCGAGUGAAGACCCCGUUCAAACACACGAAGAAAUUUCCCCAGAAUGUGAAUUCAUUCAAGAAAUAUUUGCUAACGAAGGUCGUAACGGAAAAGUGGGCUCUCAUGCUACAAAUGGAAUACUUUGUUCUGAGGAAACAGAGACGCUUUCUCGGCUGGAUCAGACUGGAGAUUCUUUGAUUGUAUAUGGGAAUGAACAUCUUGUCAGAAACACAAGCAUUGUAAAUAAGGAUAGUCUGAACGAAAGAAGUACCAGUCCCUGUAGUAACAUUAAAAUGGCAAACCCAACAGAAGAUUUCCAAAUGAAAAAACAUCAUUUUAAUGAUGGAAAAGGUUCUGAAUGUGCUUUUCACGCGGAAACACCAAACAUGACCUCAAUUGCUUGUGAACUUCAAAGCAUUUCUUUAGACAACGCUCCUUCCACUGUAUCUCUACCUGUUCCUUCAAAACCAAGCUCUACAUCAUUAUCUUGCAACUCCUGCUUUGAAAAGGUUCCAUUGAAUGACAAGUCUGUCCAGCAGAAGAAAAGAAGACACCUGGCUACUAAUGGUGAAACAGCUGUACAUGGAAAUUGGAAGCAAACAAAUCCGGACCUCAUACAUCCGCUGUUUCCACAAUAUAUAUCCUUGCCAGUGAGGAUGUCUUCCUUUGCAAAAUGGCCAACACAUGUAAAACAGACUGCAAAAGAAAUGUCGUUUGCGGGAUUCUUUUACAAAGGAUACGGCGAUGCAGUAGCCUGCUAUUGGUGUGGAGUUUGCAUUGUCAGUUGGGAGGAAGAAGAUGAGCCAUGCAUUGAGCAUGUUAAAUGGAAACCACUCUGUCCGUAUACAAUACAGACCAAAGGACAAGACUUUGUGGACCUUGUACUGGAGCAACAAGGGCGAUUAUACCAAGGAGACAAAAGUAUCGAUGACUACAACGUUGCAGAACAAACCCUUUCCUCAAAUAAUGCUGUCGAAGAAGUAAAAUACACAAAACUAAAAGAGAUGGGGUUUAAACAGAGAGAAAUUGACAUCGCUGUUUGUAAAGUGUCCAGACAAAAAGGUAACAAACUACUGAAAGACAUUGAUUUCUUUUAUAAAAGGCAUUUUCCUGCCGGUAUCGUACGGUUUAAUUUGUUUUAUAACAUACUGGACCGCUAUCAAGCGAGUAUUUAUAAGGUCUGCGUGAUAUAAACAGUAUAAACUUUGUUAUCGAUAGGACGACUCGAACCUGCGUGUACCAACACACCGUAUUUAAUCGCUUCUGGUGGUGACAAUUGCAAGCCUAUGUGUUUUUAAUAUUUGUUUUAGCGUAAACAAUGAUGAAACUCAUGCACAAGGAAUUUAUUGAAUGACAUUAUCCCGUUAAUGUUCAUACGAUCUACUUGCAAACCUGUUUACGGA